CGCGCAACGCACGCUGACGCACACAUUCAAGCUGGGAAUUUCAUAAACACAGCCCAAUCUUCUCCUGCCGUCACCGGGGAGGAGGCGGGCUGCUAGUUGAAGGGGGAGAAGGUCCAGACAGGAGCCGGGCAUGUUCAAACAUAUCCAGGCAGACCAGCCUACCAACCAGGACGGAGCGCUGUCUUAUAUUCCCAAACUUUAUGACAUAGAUAUAUGUUUUUAUCAUCAUAUGCUAUAACUCCGAUCGGUAUGUUUUCAUGAGGGACGUUGAUACGGUAAGACACGCGAUGUGUAUUUAACAGAUUCAUCUUGAAACACACCGCUGCUGAGGAUCACUUGUCUAGAGUUUUGUACUGAAGACCUUCCCUCCGCGGGGCCAUGUCGUUCUCGGCCAAAGUGAUGAGAGACGGGCUGCUGGAGAAGCGCAGCAGCGGGCUUCUCCAGCUGUGGAAGAAGAAGCGUUGCGUGCUCACUGAGGACGGGCUGCGCUUGCACAACUGCAAAGGAGGCGGCGGCGGCGGCGGUGAUGCUACGGAUUUGGCGUGGAGCUCCAAAGCCAAGGAACUUCGUUUUGAGCGUAUGGCCACUGUGGACUGUGUGGAGUACAAGCGAGGGCUGGUAUACUUCACCGUGGUAAUGGUUACGGGCAAGGAAAUUGACUUUCGGUGUCCGCAGGACGGCACGGCGUGGAACGCAGAGAUUGCUCUGGCUUUGGUGCGCUAUAAGAACCUACAGGCCGUGCAGACCGGGAGAAAUCGGCACCUGUCCACAGGACACCUGGGCAGCACUGGGGAAGAUGAGGAGCUCUGAUUUGAUGAAGUCUUCCUGCUUCAUUGGAGGAAACAGGGGCACAGAUCGCCAGAUCAGGAGGAUGCACAGAAAGGUCAUCAGUGAAUAUGGAACAAAUGACCAAGAAGUGUCGCUGAAACUCGUCUCGUCUUCCGUUAUUCACACAUAGUCACACAAACUAUAGGAAUCUGAUAAACCGUGGAUUAAGACCCCAUUUCUGUCCUGACCUCAUUGCUUAAGGACAAUAUGGAAAAUCCUGCAUAAGGAAAAGUUGUUGUUCUUUUGAGCUGAGAUACUGUUUACCCUUUGUGCCUUGAUGUUUCAAUAGUAUCUUCAUUUUGGAACAAUAUUUGACCCUGCUCAAACAGGAGUCACUUUGUUCUGCAGUCUUACUUUUGAAGGAACAGUUUUAAAUUACUCUGAAAACUUUAAGUUACAGAAUGAACAGAUCUUUGAGGUUUUCUAAAGAUGGAAAUGAAGUAUUUUUGUUUCUAUAUAUAUUGCACUCUGUAUACUACAUAUUUGAUUAAACCAUGUAUAGUAUUACAACUGUAAAAUAAUAAUAAUAAAUGUUUUUUUAAUCCAGAUUUUCUGGACAUAUUAUA